AUGAUUCUACUUUUUCUUCUGCCGACUGCAUUAUUAAUUUAUGUUUUAAUAAGAAAUCUCAAAAUAUAUUUCACACUCUAUAGAAAUGGACUGAACCCCCAAUUUGACAUAUUUGGAAUCAAGGGGCUCCGAUGGUUGGAUAGUUCUAAUGCUCAUGAAAACUUUACACAAAUGUGUUCUGUUGUUGGUGAUAAAACAUUUUCUAUGCUCCGCGGUGCAACACCGGUCAUUGUGACCAAUGAUGUUAAUUUGAUACAUGCAAUUUCGACGGAAAGUUUUGAUUGUUUCCAUUCGCGAAUUCCAGAAGCUUUAUCUGAUGACCCGAUCACAGCCGAAAAUAUCCACAUGUUUGCUGCCAAAGGUGAGCGCUGGAAACGUCUUCGAACAAUAACGAGUUAUGGAUUAUCCACAGUUAAGUUAAAAUUGUUGUUCCCAACCAUUGAGACUUGUGUUUCUGAAUUUUUGGAUCACGUGAACAGCCUGUCCGAUGGUCAAAGUGUUGUCAUCGAUCAUUCUCAUAGUCUCUUUCAAAAUCAUACAUCUUACGUUCUAGCUCGAUGUGCUUACGGUCACAAAGAGCAAAAUCAUCGAGUCAACAAUUUUCUUUCGGUGUUUUCUGAUGCGUUCGGGGCAUUGUCAGAUUUUCAAAAAUCAAUGACUGAGAAAAUUACUUAUUUUUUCCCAGAAAUGAAGUCAAUUUUCAAAAACAACUUAUUUGCCCAAUUUUUACAAAGUACAAAUCAACAAAAAUUCUUGGAUUAUUUACUGAAUCUGAUCUCAAAAUUUCAAUCCCGAAGAGUUAUCGAAAACAAUAAUAAUGAAGAAUCAAGCGACCCCGAAGCUGGCAAGUACAGUUUAUUGGAGUUUUUCUUCGAACAUCAUCAUGAAAAAAAGAUUGUGGAAAAGGCGGAAGGGCGGAUUGACAUGAAGAAAGUGAAAGUCGAGAAAAGUAUUUCUUAUCAGGAAAUCACUGCUCAAUGCAAAUUUAUCUCUGUUGCUGGCUUCGAUACAACUGCCAAUACUUUGACUCUUCUUUUCAAUUUUUUGGCACAUAACCCGGCAAUCCAGGAACAAAUCUAUAACUCCGAAAUCAAAGGAAACAAGAGUAGUAUGAAUUUCGAGACCGUUUGCUCUCUUCCCAUCCUACAAAAUUGCAUUUUCGAAACACUUCGGCUGUUUCCACAUGCCUCACCACUUCAAAUGCGGAUCUGCACAGCACCGAUAACGAUCGGACAGUACAAGUUUGACGAGAAUAUGCAAGUGGUAAUCAAUCCAUGGGGUCCACAUCGUGAUCGAGUAAUUUGGGGAGAUGACGUGAAUUGUUUCAAACCAUCACGGUUUGAAAGUCUAAGCGAGCAACAAAGAAAAGCAUUUAUGCCAUUUGGUGUGGGACCGAGACAAUGCGUUGGAAUGCGGUUCGCAUUACUGGAAUUGAAAACGACAGCAUUCCGAAUGCUGCAGAAAUAUGUGGUUCGCUCGACUCAACCGGUUAUUGAUAGACACGGAAAAUUGGUUAACAUGACGGUUCGUGAUACGGGAACAGUUUGGCCAACGGAUAAACUAGGUUUAGUAUUGACAAAACGUGAUAUUUGA